AUGAGUUUUCUCUCCAGAAUCUUCACGGCACUCAGGAACCCAAGACGAUAUGUGGGUCGAGACCUUGAGGGUAACAAGUUUUAUGAAAGCCCAAUAUCUGCAGGCUCUCGUCCCAAACGGACAGUAGUGUAUCGCCGAGAGGAGGAUAUGUGGGAUUAUAUUGGUGGAACGAAACGGCUACCAAUUCAAUGGUCGGCUUGGCUGUCUCAUACCCGGCCUAAUCCGCCUACAAUUGAGGAACUUGAAGCCGACUUACAGCGGCAAAUACGCGUCAAAUACAACGCGUCGCUGAUUGAAGCAAAGGAUAGAGAAGAAGCUGAACAACGGCGACGAUUACAAGCUGAGGGCCAUGCCGAGGCACUCAGAAUACAGCAAGGCCGUGGCCAAACUGAGGUGGAGGGUGAGCCUCCAGUACUGGCUAGUGCGUUUGAGAAAACGGAAACAGGGAAGGCCGAGUCCCAAAACACUGCGUCAUCCAAACCACAGCCCUCGAAAACUACGGACCCAGACAAUCCAUGGGCGGCAGCGGACGCUCCUGUGGAGACACAAUCUUGGACUCCCAAAUUUAGAAGCAGAGGCGGAUGA